AUGCCUUACCCCGAAGAAGCUGAGGGUUUCCAGGUCGAUGGCCCUGAAAACUUUACCGAGUUCCACAAGCGCCACUUUAAGCUGAAGCCUUUUGGCGAUUACGAUGUCGACGUUAAGAUCGAAGCCUGUGGCAUCUGUGGUAGUGAUGUACACACCAUCAGCGGAGGAUGGGGUGCCCAGAACUUCCCUCUGUGUGUGGGUCACGAAAUCAUUGGUCGCGCAAUCCGUGUCGGCCCUAAGGUCACCCUGAUCAAGGAAGGCGAGCGCGUUGGCGUUGGCGCGCAAUCUUACUCCUGCGGCAAGUGCAAGCAGUGUCUUAACGACAACGAGACAUACUGCCCAGUGGAGCAAAUGGAUACCUACGGCUCAAAGUGGGCGGACUCCGGCAUCGUCAGCCAGGGUGGAUACUCAUCGCAUGUGCGGACACACGAGCACUGGGUGUUCCCGAUUCCCGACGCGCUCGAGACCAACGCCGUGGCUCCCAUGCUGUGCGCUGGACUGACAGCGUUCUCGCCGUUGGUGCGCAACGGUGCCGGUCCAGGCAAGAAGGUUGGAAUCGUCGGACUGGGUGGGAUUGGACAUUUCGGAAUCAUGUUUGCCAAGGCGCUGGGUGCGGAGACGUGGGCCAUCUCGCGGUCACGCGCAAAGGAGGCGGAUGCCCUCAAGCUCGGUGCUGAUGGUUACAUUGCUACCGCUGAGGAGGGGUGGGAGAAGCCCCACCUCUGCUCGUUUGACUUGAUCAUCAACUGCGCCAACUCUUCUAAGGGAUUCGACCUUGCUCGCUACCUUUCCAUGAUGGAUGUCCAUGGCCGCUGGAUCAGCGUUGGUCUUCCCGAAGAAGAGGGCCAGGUCAUUAAGGCUCAGAACCUGAUUUCUAACGGUGUCCUCAUCGGUGCCAGUCACCUGGGUAGCCGUCGGGAGAUGCUUCAGAUGUUGCAGCUGGCUGCGGAUAAGGGACUCAAGGGUUGGGUGGAGGAGAUCCCCAUUGGCGAGGAGGGUCUUAAAGACGCCAUCCAACGCAUGAAGAAGGGAGACGUUCGCUACCGAUUCACUCUGACUGGCUAUGAGAAGGUCUUCGGUUGA